GGUGUUUACUCUUUUCCUACUCUCUAUUCUUCACCUCUCUCUCAAUCAUCAUUUUCUUUCUGCCAUCUUGACCAUCCAAUUCUCUGUGGUUUCAGUUCAAAGGACGAUCGUCUGCAUGCGUCUCUAUUGGCUUGCGGCAAUGACGUGGCAACCUGCUGCUCUGUUCCUGCGUGCAGUUAUCCCAGGCGACGAUCAGUGUGUGAUCUCGGACCAGGACAGCUAACUCGUCCGGAUCUUUUCAUCGAGAACGACGCUCAUCACACUUUCACCGUCAACUACUUCCGUAACACAUGCAUUGAUCCGCCAAUGGAAGAAGGCGGCCGUUUGGAAGCACGUCUGACUGGAUUCCGAGGUGGUGAAGGAAUUUUGGAACUGGCACAGCGCAAAGGACAAAAUCCCAAAUUGUUAGCGAUUAUGACUGGAUUGCAGGAAAACAGGAACUUCCAUCUGAUCUAUGCUCCCGAAGUUGAACUUUCGUCGUGCUACAAAGCCGGUCUGCUGAAGGAGAACCAAGGCAAAAAACUGAUCACAGUCGAUAGCGAUAACAGAGGGAUGGCAAUACAGGCAAGUGCACGUACUGUUGAAUCAUACCAUGGACAGAGAUCGACUUCCACAUCCUCGACGAUGCCGUCAUCGAUAAGGGUGAUACUCGUUAUCGAAGCUGGUACAUCAAAUGUGGUCGACUGUGGUAAGCUGCAAAUUCAUGGCAAUGUUUCCGAUUGGCAACGUGCCAUGAAUGGAAGUCCCACCACUCUUCGGGUUGCUGUGACGUACUUUGUCGCUGUGGUAGUGGCAUUGCUGAUUUUCGCAUAG